AAAGCCCGACGAAAGUUUCGGUUAUUUGGGUUACAAAAGAAAAAAAGAAAAACCUAACACGUACCGCUACCAAUGGAUGAGAACCCCAAAGAGAAGGAACAACCGAACAACAAUGCUCUCUGACCAAAAUCGAACGAACCUAAACGAACGUGUCUUAGCAGUACUUGCAAAAUGCAGUCACCUCAACCAUCUCAAGCAACUCCAAGCCUUUCUCGUCACCCUAGGCCAUAGCCAAACCCAGUUCUACGCCUUCAAGCUGGUCCGCUUCUGCGCUCUUUCUCUUGCAAACCUUCCUUACGCUCGCUUCAUCUUCGAUCAUCUCCACUCUCCCAAUGUCUAUCUUUAUACUGCCAUGGUUACUGCCUAUGCUUCUAGGCCCGAUCACGAGUCGGCCUUUGCCUUGUACCGCAACAUGGUUCGUAGAAGACGCCCUCAGCCCAACCAUUUUGUCUAUCCGCAUGUCCUGAAAUCCUUUCCCCAGGCUUUGGAGUCUCAUGGCACUAAAAUGGUGCAUACCCAGAUUUUAAAAUCAGGUUUUGGUCAAUACCCGGUUGUGGAAACGGCUCUUGUUGAUUCGUACUCGAGGUUUUAUUCGGAUAUUAGAAGCGCGAGACAGGUGUUUGAUGAAAUGUGUGACAAAAAUGUUGUAUCAUGGACAGCUAUGAUUUCUGGGUAUACUCGACUUGGGGAGAUUGGUAAUGCUAUAUCGUUGUUUGAAAAAAUGCCGAAUCGAGAUGUUCCGGCUUGGAAUGCUGUUAUUGCAGGGUGCACUCAAAACGGUUCCUUCUCUGAAGCAAUUUCACUCUUCAGAAGAAUGAUCAGUCUUUCACAGGAGGGGCAGCAUCGAGGUAUUAGGCCGAACCAGGUUACAGUUGUUUGUGCGCUCUCAGCUUGUGGCCACACUGGCAUGCUCCAGCUUGGUAAAUGGAUUCAUGGUUAUGUUUAUAAAAAUAAGGUUGAUCAAGAUACAUUUAUCUCAAACGCACUAAUCGAUAUGUAUGGGAAAUGUGGGAACUUGAAAAAAUCAAGAAGGGUUUUUGACAUGACUCCAAAGAAAAGCUUGACCUUGUGGAAUUCCAUGAUCAAUUCUUUUGCUCUCCAUGGCCAAAGCGAGAGUGCAAUUAGCACAUUUGAGGAGAUGAUGCAAUGUGCAGAUGGUAUGAGACCAGAUGAGGUUACAUUUGUUGGUUUGUUGAAUGCUUGUACUCAUGGAGGAUUGGUAGAAAAAGGUACUUCUUAUUUUGAGAUGAUGACUAAUAGUUGUAGAAUUGAGCCCAAAAUUGAACACUAUGGGUGCUUGAUAGACCUUCUUGGUCGGGCAGGUCGAUUUCAAGAAGCCUUGGAGGUUGUGAGGGGAAUGAGUAUGGAACCUGAUGAGGUUGUUUGGGGUUCUUUGCUUAAUGGAUGUAAGAUUCAUGGUCGUACUGAUUUGGCAGAAUUCACAGUCAGAAAAUUGAUUGAGAUUGAUCCAAACAAUGGUGGUUAUGGCAUAAUGCUGGCGAAUUUACAUGGGGAGUUGGGGAAGUGGGAUGAGGUCCGGAAGGUGAGGAAGAUGUUGAAGGCGCAGAAUUCCUAUAAAACUCCAGGGUGCAGUUGGAUUGAGGUUGACAACCAAGUUUAUCAGUUUUAUUCUGCUGAUAAAUCACAUUACAAAACAGAAGAGAUAUACAAAAUCUUGGAAAGUAUGCUUUGUUUUAUUAGUUUGAAGUGAAGUCAGGCAAGAAUUCUCUCUUUUUUCCCUUCACCAAAAAAAAAAAAAAAAACAGAGGAGACGCAAGUGGGAGAAAGGAAAUUAUUCGAAGAAAGGUGCAUGGAAUCUCUGGAUCAUAAUCACCCGGUUCUGGCUGAAAAAUUGGGGUUUAAAGAUGAGAGUUGAAAUUGGGUUUCGUUAGAGUUGAGUGCAUUAUUCACCUUCCGGGAUAAUAUAAUGGGGAAAGGUGGCAGUAUAUGGCAGCCAAGUAAAAUCCUGGAGUCUUCUCUUGGGAACAAGCCGUCUUUUGCUUGGCGGAGCAUUUUCUCCGCUAAGGAUCUAGUACAGCAGGGCUUGAUAUGGAGAGUUGGGGACAGUAAUAGUAUCCAUGUGUGGGGUGAUCGCUGGAUUCCACGACCAACCUCUUUUCUGGUACAAUCUCCUCCUAAUCAAAUUGCUGGAAAUUCUUUGGUUUCUAAUCUUAUUGACAGGGAUCUUAGGAGCUGGAAUGUGGGACUCAUUCACUCUAUUUUCACUGAAGAUGAAGCUCAACUCAUUAUUAACAUCCCUCUCUGCCCCACUUUUCCACCAGAUCGCUUGGUUUGGCAAGGGACCUCUAAUGGUGUGUUCUCGGUGCGUAGUGCUUACCACCUUGCUAAGGAGCUCCAGCAACGUAACUGCGGUGAAUGCUCAAAUCCGGUCACUCAAGGGGAGGUUUGGAGAGUCCUUUGGUCCCUUCAAAUUCCCAACCCAGUUAAGGUUUUCCUUUGGAAGGCAUGCCACAACCUGUUGCCAACCAAGGCCAACCUUUUUACUAGGAAGGUGGUGGAUAAUAACUGCUGCCCUGUGUGUCUCAUUGAGGAGGAGAAUAUUUUUCAUGCUUUAUGGGGUUGUAGUGGAGCAAAGGAUGUUUGGGGUUUUGGCCCCAAGUGUUUCCAUGAAUGUUCAAUGUUGGGGGACUCUUUUGUUGCAUUGUUUGAAUUCCUUUUUCACA